CUUCUUCGUCUUCGUCUUCUUCCUAACCAGUUUUCUUCUUCCCCUCAGCUAUGAAGCUCAUCGGCAAACUCUCACCGAAACGGUUUUUCCGCUCCAAGAAGGAACAUGUCUCCAGAUCUGAUCCAUCGUCGUUCAGCCACGGUAGUAACGGGACCACCUCCUCGUCUUCGUCGGACGAGCCGUCGUCUUCCAACCACAAACGCCACUCUGCAGCUGCCGAUAUUGGAACCCCUACCAGUGUCCUGCCUGGCGAUUGGUCCGACGAUGCGGCCCCCGACGCGUACUACGAGCUCGCUCAGACGUAUAAGAUUACAGGUAGGGAUAACAACGGCGUGGUCUCGAGAAGUCAACUGGAGGCCCUACUCAGCCGGCUUGGAGCAGAGCCGCCGAGUCAGGAGGAAGUUUCGAUGAUGCUGAGCGAGGUGGACGGGGAUGGAGACGGAGGUAUAACCGUCGACGCGCUUAUGAAUCGGGUUGUCGGUUUGGUUUGCGAUCCGGUCUGUGAACCGGAGCUGAGAGAGACUUUUGAUUUCUUCGACACGGAUCACGACGGGAAAAUAACGGCGGAAGAGCUACUGGCGGUUUUCACGUCGAUAGGCGACGAGCAGUGCACGUUAGAGGAUUGCAGGCGUAUGAUAGCAGGAGUGGAUAAAAACGGGGAUGGGUUCGUGUGCUUCGAGGACUUCAGUAGGAUGAUGGAGCUGCAGAGAUGAUCAUGGUUAUGAUGCUAUAGAGUUAAUAAUCAUGUGAUGGAUUUGCUCUUGAUCGGAUUUUUUUCGUCUUUUAAAUGUCGGGAAUGUGUUUCUUUUUCUUUUUUUUUUUCAAUUUAGGGUGGGAAUUAUUACUACUAAGAUCUGAGAAGUAUGGAUCUAGUUUAUCUUAUGUGAGAAAAAUGUGCUUAUAUAAGAAAAAAAUCUACUCAUU